CCAACGAGGCUGCGCUAUAAGACUGCUCCCUAGGGUUUUACCCCGCGCCGCCACCUCCUUUCGAGUCUCAGCUCCGCAGCCGCCGCCCGGAUUCCCCGCGCACCGCGGCCGCCGCCUUGCCGUUCGACGACCACUGCGCAGCCAUGGCGGAGCAGACUGAGAAGGCUUUCCUCAAGCAGCCAAAGGUGUUCCUCAGCACAAAGAAAUCUGACAAGGGUAAGAAGCCAGGCAAGGGAGGCAACCGAUUCUGGAAGAGCGUUGGCCUUGGUUUCAAGACCCCCAGGGAGGCAAUUGAAGGUACCUACAUUGACAAGAAGUGCCCAUUCACUGGAACAGUUUCUAUCAGAGGCAGAAUUAUUGCUGGAACAUGCCACAGUGCUAAGAUGAACAGAACCAUCAUUGUUCGCAGGAACUACCUCCACUUUGUUAAGAAAUAUCAGAGGUAUGAGAAGAGGCAUUCCAACAUUCCAGCUCACAUCUCCCCAUGCUUCCGUGUCAAGGAAGGUGACCAUGUCAUCAUUGGCCAGUGCAGGCCCCUGUCAAAGACUGUGAGGUUCAACGUCCUGAAAGUCAUUCCAGCUGGAACCACCGGUGGUAGCGGCGGGAAGAAGGCCUUCACUGCAGCCUGAGCUUAGACUAUGUUUAAUGUGUAGUCUAUACAAUGAAGUCUUUUUUGCUUAAAAUCCCCGCUAGGCUGGUGUCUUGGACUAUAAUUUGGAGAUUGUUCCCCGUCAAAAUGAAUUCCCAUCAUCUGAACAUGUUGCUCUUUAUGGAACCUUGUCGUGCAAAGUUUUAACA